AUGCAUUCGCUGGAGCGUUUCGAGACCAUCAAAGUCGCUGGUCGUGGCGCAUUCGGCACCGUCGUCGUCGCCAAUGACAAAUUUACGAAGCGACGAGUCGCAAUCAAACGAAUUAUAGUCACAAGUGCGCCGAAAAUUCAAUUGGUUCGCGAAAUCAGCGCGUUGAGAUGCCUAAAUCAUCAAAAUGUUUUAAAGUACAUCGAAUGCUUCGCCCAAGGCGAAAUUCUGUCAAUCGUGACCGAAUUCGUGCCGUUCACCCUACACGACGUGAUCUCCGACAAAAAGCGUCCGCGAACCGAACAAUUGACGCGCUGGUUCUAUUCGCAGGUGCUCGCCGGCAUCGCGCACAUUCAUUCAAAAGACAUAAUGCAUAGGGAUAUCAAACCGGAGAAUAUUCUAGUGACUGCGUCGAAUAUUAUCAAAAUCGCCGAUUUUGGACAAGCUUGCAUUUAUCGAAAAGAUUCGCCGAAUGAGGAGUAUGAUAUUAAUGUAACUCUGCUUAUCAUUUUUUUUGAAAAGGUAGCAACUCGUUGGUAUCGAGCUCCGGAAUUGCUUUUCGGUCAUCGGCAAUACGGUCCGGCGGUGGAUGUGUGGAGUAUUGGAUGCAUUUUGGCCGAGCUAUUCCGCGGGAAACCCAUUUUUCCGGGUCGAAGUGAGCUUGAGCAGAUUUCGGUGAUUUUCGGGAUUCUCGGCACACCGAAUGAGGAGACGUGGCCGAAUUGGCGCAAAAUGCCCGACGCCAACAAAUUGCUGUUCGAGCCGCGAGAGCCCAACCAAAAUUGGACGCAAAUAUUGCGCCUAAACGAAGUGCCUCCAGCUCUUCUCAAUUUCAUUCGACUUCACCUCCAACUGUGCUCCGACUACCGACCGGCUGCGAGUGUGCUGCAGAAGCACUCAUGGCUCGUCCAGGACUCAACUCCCUCAACGAUCGCCUAUCGAAUUCCAAGAGCCAUCAAAAAAUCACGCGAAUCGCUACCUCCAAUUCACGCCUUCUUCUAG